AUGGCUCUCUGGAUCCGAUCUCUGCCUCUCCUGGUCCUUCUGGCCCUUUCUGGCCCUGGGACCAGCCACGCAGCUGCCAACCAGCACCUCUGUGGCUCCCACUUGGUGGAGGCUCUCUACCUGGUGUGUGGAGAGCGGGGCUUCUUCUACUCCCCCAAAGCCCGGAGGGACAUUGAACAGCCUCUAGUGAGCGGGCCAUUGCGUGGUGAGGCAGAAGAGCUGCCGUUCCAGCAGGAGGAAUAUGAGAAAGUGAAGAGAGGAAUUGUUGAGCAAUGCUGCCAUAACACGUGCUCCCUCUACCAACUGGAAAACUAUUGCAACUAG